UGGUGGCGGUGUGAGGCGGGCUGCGACCCGCGCUGUCUGCCCGGCCGGCGCGGAGAGCGGCGGGGGAGCCGUGCUCGCCAUGAGGCUGCGGGAGGACGGGGAGAGCCGCCGGGCGCUGCCGGCGGCGGAGCUGCUGCAGUAAUGGGCAGCGGCAGCGCUGACUCUCGCCUGCCGUGUGGUGCCAGCGCGCCCGCCCGGCGGGACCGCCCGCGAGGAGCCGGCGGCAGUCCUGCAGUCUUCCCUUCAUCUACUGUGUGAAGAAUGAUGAUUCCAUGAGAGAAUUACUUUCCAUUACCUGUCUACUGCUACUGCAUGCUGCUCCUGGCCAGUGCUGAGCCAUUCCGCUAGACUGGGAUUUACCCUGAGAAGGGGAGAGGCAGAGUAUGGAUUGUAGACGUCCUGUCAAGUUUCUCCCACACUCUUUUUACUGUGUCUGUAUAUAAACCUGCUAGUUUCAAGCACACACGCUCUUUGAAACCAACGCUGGUGUUCACGCAGCUGCUGCUGUGUAAGAGGACUGGUGUUUCUCACCACCAUGGCUUCAGUUUGGAAAAGGCUGCAGCGUGUUGGGAAACAUGCAUCCAAGUUCCAGUUUGUGGCCUCUUACCAGGAACUGAUGGUUGAGUGCACCAAAAAAUGGCAGCCAGAUAAACUAGUGGUGGUUUGGACAAGAAGAAGCAGAAGAAAAUCCUCUAAGGCACACAGCUGGCAGCCUGGAAUCAAGAACCCAUACCGUGGGUUGGUGGUGUGGCCUGUACCUGAAAAUGUUGAAAUUACUGUGACUCUCUUCAAGGAUCCCCACGCUGAAGAGUUUGAAGACAAGGAAUGGAUGUUUGUCAUAGAGAACGAAUCUCCCUCUGGACGUAGAAAAGCGCUUGCCACCAGCAGCAUCAACAUGAAGCAAUAUGCCAGCCCCAUGCCUACACAGACAGAUGUCAGGUUAAAAUUCAAGCCUUUGUCUAAGAAAGUGGUAGCUGCCACACUACAGUUCUCCUUAUCUUGUAUUUUCCUGAGGGAAGGAAAAGCCACGGAUGAAGACAUGCAAAGCCUGGCUAGUUUGAUGAGUAUGAAACAAGCUGAUAUUGGUAACCUAGAUGAUUUUGAGGAAGACAAUGAAGAAGAUGAAGAAAACAGAGUGAAUCAAGAGGAAAAGGCUGCAAAAAUUACAGAAAUUGUAAACCAGUUGAAUGCUCUGAGCAGCUUAGAUGAAGAUCAAGAUGACUGCAUAAAGCGAGCAAAUAUGCCUUCAGCUAAAUCAGCCAGUUCCUCUGAAGAGCUUAUCAAUAAGCUUAAUUUUCUGGAUGAAGGGGAGCAAGACCCGGCCAACUCCAGCACGAACCCUUUUGGAGAUCCUGACACAGCAGAAUUAAAUCCAUUUGGAGACCCUGAUGUAGAAGAACUCCACCCUGAAAGAGCUUCAUCUUCAAAGCCAGACGAAAGUUUCUAUGGUGACAGUUACAAUCCCUUCAAGGAUGAAGAUGCCCCAGAGUACUUAAACCCAUUUGAUGAGCCAGAUCACCCACCUGAAGCACCUGGAAUUGUAAGAGAUUCUCCUCCACAACCUGCAAAAAGGAAAAACAUCAGGCCAGUGGAUAUGAGCAAAUACCUCUAUGCAGAUACCUCUAAAGCUGAGGAGGAAGAGCUGGAUGAAUCAAAUCCAUUUUAUGAACCAAAAUCAAGCCCUGCUUUAAUUAAAGUUGCUCUGCAAGAACCAGAAAAGAAGAUGAAAAGAAAGGCUCCUGAACCCCCAAACCUCUUGCCAAAGACAGAGAUGGGCAUGGGUGAGAACAUGUCAGCAAUUCCUGCAUCAAGGGAGCUUUCCUCCUCUCCUAAGCCAAGCCCAAUACCAAGUCCUGUUUUGGGGAGAAAGCCAAAUGCCAGUCAGUCAUUGCUCGUGUGGUGCAAAGAAGUUACAAAAAACUAUAGGGGAGUGAAAAUCACCAAUUUCACCACGUCGUGGAGAAACGGUUUAUCCUUUUGUGCAAUAUUACAUCACUUUAGACCAGACCUAAUUGACUACAAGUCCCUGAAUCCUCAAGAUAUUAAAGAGAACAACAAAAAGGCCUACGACGGGUUUGCCAGCUUGGGAAUAUCGCGACUGCUGGAGCCUUCGGACAUGGUUUUGUUGGCCAUCCCAGACAAACUGACUGUUAUGACCUAUCUCUAUCAGAUAAGGGCACAUUUCUGCGGCCAGGAGCUGAACGUGGUUCAGAUAGAGGAGAACAGCAGCAAGAGCACAUACAAAGUGGGCAACUACGAGACGGACACCAACAGUUCUGUGGACCAGGAGAAGUUCUACGCGGAGCUGAGCGACCUGAAGCGCGAGCCCGAGCUGCAGCCCCCGGACAGCGCUUUGGCCGACUUCGCCUCGCAGGACGACUCCGUCUUCGUCAACGACAGCGGCGUCGGCGAAUCCGAGAGCGAGCAUCAGACUCCCGAUGACCACUUGAGCCCGAGCACAGCUUCCCCUUCCUCACGCAGGACUCGAAGUGACACGGAUCCGCAGAAAUCCCAGCAGAGCUCCGGGAGGACUUCCGCCUCGGAAGAAAUCGGGAAGUGUAGCAGUACAGACGCAACACAAGUGCAGCCUGUGUUGGGAAGGAAGAAAUUGCUGAUAACUGACACUUUAGACUUGAGUGACUUAGCACAUGUCAGUGAUCAAAAGGAGGAUAUGUCUCCCACAGUUGCUUGUGAAGAUAACAACAAGAAGAGACACCAGAGCUUAGACAGUACCCCUGGUUUCUCGGAGCAAGAAAAGCUGGGAUGUAUAGGAUCCACAGAGAGCACAAGAGCAGAUCCCAGUUCACCUGUCACAAAACCAAGUUUAUCUCCUACUUCUAAGCCAGGAUACUCCUAUAACAUGGAUACAGAUCUUGCAAAGAAACCACAUGCUUCUCCGAGGCAAAUAGAGUCUGAUUCUGACAGUGAUGCCAGAGCAGCUUUAAAUCAUGCAGAUCAAACUGCUAAAACAGCCCAGCAACGUAUGUUGUCAAGACAGGAAGAACUUAAAGAACGAGCGAGAGUUCUGCUUGAGCAAGCAAGAAGAGAUGCAGCAUUAAAGGCAGGGAAUAAACAACUAAGCAGUACCCUCAUCCCAGCCCGCAAUAAGCAGCUGAACGAUCAGCAAGAUGAAGAGCGGCGUCGGCAGCUGAGAGAGAGAGCUCGUCAGCUAAUAGCAGAAGCUCGAUCUGGAGUGAAGAUGUCAGAACUUCCCAGCUACACUGAAAUGGCUGCAGAAAAGUUGAAAGAAAGGUCAAAGGCAUCUGGAGAUGAGGAUGAGGAUGAUGAUAAUAUUGAGAUAGAUACUAAUGAGGAGGCUCCUGAAUGCUCUGUUACUGGAGGUGGAGAUGAACUUACUAACCUAGAAAAUGACCUUGAUUCAACGGCAGAACAAAACAGUAUGUUGGUGGAUUUGAAGCUGAAGAAGCUCCUAGAAGCUCAGCCACAGGUGGCAAAUUCACUCUCCAGUGCUGCUCAGAAAACUGUAACAGAUAGCUCAGAGCAAGACAUUAAGCAGAAUGGAACAGAGGAACAUCGUGCUGAGCGAUCACAAAAAGCAGCAGAACGGUUUAGAAAUCCCGUUGUGUUCAGCAAGGACUCGACCGUCAGGAAAACUCAGCUCCAGUCUUUCAGUCAAUACGUGGAGAGCAGACCAGAGAUGAAAAGGCAAAGAUCAAUACAGGAAGAUACAAAGAGAGGAAAUGAGGAGAAGGCUGCGAUAGCUGAGACUCAGAGGAAGCCAUCAGAAGAUGAAGUGCUUAAUAAAGGGUUCAAAGACACCAGUCAGUAUGUUGUAGGAGAAUUGGCAGCACUAGAGAAUGAGCAAAAGCAAAUUGACACCCGUGCCGCGCUGGUGGAGAAGCGCCUUCGCUAUCUCAUGGACACAGGAAGAAACACAGAAGAGGAAGAAGCUAUGAUGCAGGAGUGGUUCAUGCUGGUUAAUAAGAAGAAUGCCUUAAUAAGACGAAUGAACCAGCUUUCUCUUCUGGAAAAAGAACAUGACCUAGAAAGGCGCUACGAGCUGCUGAACCGGGAGCUGAGAGCAAUGCUGGCUAUUGAAG